AGUAUUCCGGCUGUUUUGUUUUUGUUUUAAAUUCCAAGCACCACAGUAUUUCCCUUGCACACAGAAACAGAACUGACCAGCAACCCAUCUCUCAGGAUCUGUAUCAGAGUUGGUUGGUGCUGAGUCUGCAGGUGGCUGUUCUCCGCGGGUUUGCUCAGACUCGGGGUGUCAUCGCAAGGUCUGCGUGACCGGAGGGCGGGGACGAGCCGCCGCCAGGGCGCGCGCACGCUCCAGCAAGCCGGCACCGGGCGCGCGUACGCGCGAUGCGGAGCGUUUACGUUUGGGGGGUGUGAAGCAGUAUGUGACAAGCAACAGGUCAGCCACCAGACUGCAGACAGGAACAUGCUUGUGGAGCUGUUACUAUAACAAAGGAGCAAUAGCAUCAAUACCAUUAACACAAUGGGGAACACCAGCAGUGAUCGCAUGGGAGCAGAUCGCCAUGGAGGCCACAAGUCUCAGCGUCCUGAUACCAUGGGAAUUUCUCAGUCAAAGGAGAAUGAACGUCAUAAGAUUAUGGUGGAUAGCUCGGAUGAUCCCAAUAUCUUUCAUACACAAGAUUCAAAGCCUCUCACUGAUAAGGAAUUUGCAUCCUGGCACUCUGAUGUGGAUGAGUCUGUAAAGUUUUCUCAGCAAGCUCGCCCUACUGUCAUCCGCUGGAAUGGUGGAGGAAAAGAAGUAUACAUUUCUGGAUCCUUCAACAAUUGGCAAACAAAGAUUCCACUUAUAAAAAGCCAUAAUGACUUUGUUGCUAUCCUUGAUCUGCCUGAAGGAGAGCACCAAUAUAAAUUCUUUGUAGAUGGGCAGUGGGCUCAUGAUCCUUCAGAGCCAGUGACAACCAGCCAGCUUGGGACAAUCAAUAAUGUUAUUCAGGUGAAGAAAUCUGAUUUUGAGGUGUUUGAUGCCCUUAAACUGGACUCACUGGAGUGUUCAGAUAACUCAGAUUUGUCAAGCUCGCCUCCAGGACCAUACCAUCAGGAGAUGUAUGUUUUAAGGCCUGAAGAGCGCUUUAAGGCACCACCUAUUUUGCCUCCUCAUCUGCUCCAAGUCAUUCUGAACAAGGACACACAUAUUUCAUGUGAUCCUGCUUUACUACCUGAACCAAACCAUGUGAUGCUGAAUCACCUAUAUGCACUUUCUAUAAAAGAUGGAGUGAUGGUUCUCAGUGCUACACAUCGGUAUAAGAAGAAAUAUGUUACUACUUUACUGUAUAAGCCAAUCUGAUCUGUUAUUUCUGUAGCCAGCAUGCCAGAAUGGUAAAUGAAUGCCCAUAUUAGUUGGCUGUUCGGUGAUGGAGCUUCAUUAGGAUUUUAGCAGUUGUGUUGGUUGCCUUCUACAUAAUCGCUACAAGCACUUUACCAGGUUGACGUACAAGUUCAAUACUGAAUUUUAUAGUAUCAGUAAUGACAGUACAGUUUGUCAAUGUGGAUUGCAUAUUUGAAAAUGUGAAAUGGAUUUUAAAGCAAGAGACUAUCUCAGUCAUGAUGAACUGUUACACCAGGAAAAGUUUACAGUUGGAGUUUUAACAGAUUUUAUAUUUAAACACCUUAAAAUAUCUUAUUUAGUAUUUAGUAAGUAUUGCAUUUUACUUGGAGAUGUGACCCAACCUAUUUUAAUAAACCUAGUUGUUUUGGAUUGAGACCUCUUAAUAUUUUCUAUGUGCAAGUAAAUCCUGCUUUUAGCAUUGUGCUUUUUUUAAAUACACAGAUUCUUCUUAUAUCUGUGUGCCUGCUCGUUUGUUCUAGAUAUACAAAUAUGAAUAUUUCCAGAUGGGACAUAUUAUUCAUUGUACUGGUUUGCAAGAAGUGAAGUACUUCAGGUAAUGGAUCUUAUCUGAGCUGGCAAAUAUAUUUACAAUAUUGAUGAUAAACUAACAAAUGCAAACAUUUACAGUUCAUGUUAGAAUUAAAACAUUAAAAAUUAUGCAGAUCAAGACUUGUUUGCACAUAAUUGAUGCACUAAGUACAUGAUUUAUUUUGUGGCUUAUUAAGGAGGAUAGUUCCAGACCAAGAGGGCAUAGACCUGUGAACUGGGCAGACAUGUGGCAGAUGAAAUUUAACACGGAAGUGAUGCAUCUUGGUAGGAGAGACAAUGUAUAACAAAUUAUACAAUUUUAAGUGUGAAAGGACAGAUCUGAGGGUUAUGUAUACAAAUCUUUUAAGGUGAAAAGAAAAGUUCUGAGAGCUUUUAAAAUAAAAUAUGUGGGAUACUUGGUGUUUAUAAUGGCAUACUUCAAAUGCAAGGAAAUUACUGUAUGUUUUAAAAAAAGAACUGGUAAAGCCUUGGCUAUAGUGGUGUGUUCAGUUCUGGGCAGCGUUCUUCAAGAACAAUAUCAAGGCUUUAGGGAAGGUGUGGAAGGAAUUUACCAGUGGUAUCAAUGAAUGGGAGACUCGUUGCAAAGAAUUGAGAACCUGGGGUUGUCCCAGAACAAAGAAGAUUAGGAAGAGUUUUGAUGUAAAUAUGCAAAAUGAUGAACAGAUUUAUUGGAGUGAGAAAAGGAGAAACUGUUUUCAGUGGCAGAUGGAUUGGUAACCAUGGGACAUGUAUUUAAGGCAAUAAGAAAAAAAACAGAGGUGAUGUGAGGAAACCGUUCUUUUUACUGAGCAGUUGUAAUGGAAACAGAUUCAACAGUAACUUUCAAAAGGGAAACAGACAUUUGAAUGGAAUAAAUUGCUAGGGUGAGAGGGAAGAAGUCAAUACUAGGAGUAAUUGGAUAGCUCACUGAAAGAGCAGGCAGGGAGUGAUUUGCUGAAUGGCUUCAUAAUGUGCAAUGUCUGUAAUGCAGGAAUGUCAAUAUUAUUUACCAAAGUUGUUUUCCACUUUGGUGUGAUCUGAUUUUGAGGUGUGUGAAAGAACAGCUGAAGGAAUAGAAGAGCAUCAUAUCUACAGAAUGUUUUUUGAGGUCUCAGCGAGGAGCACAAGAACUAAUUUUUCGAAGUUCUUCAGAACAAAUUGAUUGGAUUUUGAUGGUGUUCACAGCAAAAGGAAAUAACAAUAGAGAGGUACUGCUAAUUUACUUUUGUAGAAAGCCCAGCAGUCACUUUUGUUGGGAAUGCAGAUGCUGCUGUAGGAUAUUUAAUGUUAAUCACCAUUAACACUUAAAGCAAACUAAAGUCUAAAUGGACAGGCACAAAUAUGAAAGAACUUCCUUGUUUGAAUAUUGUAAAUUUGGGAUCAGAAUUUGAUGCUCUUCUUCAACAACUGAUAAAUUAAGAAAUAAUCAAUGGCAGCCAAUGCACGAGUAUUGUUGUAAUCUGCUGGCAUAUUCUAAAAGGGCAAAUGGAGCACUAUAAUAGUGAAAUACAAAGCAGGUUUAUACAUUUGAUACUUUGGUACAUUAUGUCUAAAAGAAAAGAAUCAUUCUGCGUCUAUUUCCCUUUUGACAGCAGUUUCCUUAGUGCUUCGAAGUAGUAUUCCAGGAAACACUAAUAGUAAAUGACUUUCUGAGGCCUGUGUGAAUAGUUUGAAUAAUUAAGAAGCCUUUUAUUGAUGAUAUGCACAAUUUUAUGAUUGGAUGCCACAUGUUUUCUCCCUGUUAGUGUCUGCAGGAGUAGAAAAGGUUUUAGGUUUGUGAAAUAGCAUGAAUAUUUAAUUCUUUAUAGAGACUACUGAAGUGUGAAAUUUUUAAUGUAUACAUAUUUGUGUGUACUAUAUGAUUUUAAUACAAAUAAAAUAUCUGAACUGAUUGGAAAAAUGGGUAUCGUAG